AUGGACGGGUUUGACGAGGAAGCGUUCAAAAAGUUCUUUCCCUCCAGCUUUGGAAGGCAGGAGUCGACUAUUGAUGUGGACUCCCAAAUUAACCGGUCUAAGCGGGCCGAAGUUGCAGUGCCGAAGCCUGCUGAGAAGGACGAAGCGCAGGAAUUAAUUGCGCCUGCUACGACGGAGUCUGAAAAGAGACAACAGGAACCAAAGAGCAGCGAUGAUGAUUCCGAUGACGAUUCUGAUGAUGAGGAUGAGUUUCCCGUUUCGCAUGAAAUGGUACUUAGCACACACGAGCGGGCAGUGACUACCAUGACACUGGACCCAUCCGGAGCGCGAUUGAUUACCGGCUCCACUGACUGCACUUUGAAGCUUCACGACUUUGCAUCUAUGACCCCCUCCACGAUUCGCGCAUUCAAAUCAGUCGAUCCGUCGAUCAAGAAGGGGUCCGCGUCGCAGGAUACCCAUUCCAUCCACCACGUCGCAUUCAACCCGUUGUCGCCUAGUCACGUCCUAGUUGUCACUGCAACUGCGCAACCUCGAAUCCUCAGUCGUGAUGGGGAAACACUUACUGAGUUUGCGAAAGGCGAUAUGUACUUGCGCGAUCUCAACAACACCAAAGGUCAUAUUGCGGAGGCGACUAGUGGAGUCUGGUGCCCGUCCGACUACAAUCUCUGUGCUACCGCUGGAUCGGAUAGCACAGUACGCAUCUGGGAUGCCAAUGUGGGACGAUCGCAAAAGGAGGUGAUCAUGCACAAAUCAAGAAUUGCUGGGUCUGCUGGUCGGACUAAGAUGACUGCUGUCGCCUGGGGUUCUCCCAAACAAGGCGGAUCCAACAUUCUGCUUACCGCAGCUCUUGAUGGAAGCCUGACAAUGUGGAGCGGAAAUGGACCAUUUACACGCCCAAGUGGGGAAGUACGAGAUGCUCAUACUCGAGAUACAUGGACCAGCGGACUGGAUAUAAGCGCCGAUGGCCGGCUCGUUGUUAGCAGGGGCGGAGAUGAUACAAUUAAGCUCUGGGAUACUAGGAAGUUCAAGACUCCAGUCACAACCGUCACUCAUCCCUCGACAUCCGCUCGAUUCCCAACAUCUAAUAUUCAGUUCUCUCCCUCUGCAAACAUCAUUGUGGGCUCGGAAACUGGCCAUUUACAUAUCCUCAAUCCAGCCACCUUGAAACCCGAGCUUGUCACCCCCGUCACGCCAGGGUCACCCCUUAUCACAGUCUUAUGGCAUGAGAAGCUCAAUCAAAUUCUGACUGGUUCUGCUAAUGCCGAGACCCAUGUCCUCUACAACCCCACGAUGUCUACCAAGGGCGCAGCAUUGGUCAUGUCCAAGGCACCCAAGCGUCGUCAUCUAGAUGAUAACGCUACCCUCACUACGGAUCUCACCAGUGGUCUUUCUGGCGACUCAGUCGUUGUUGGGUCUAAUGGUGUACCUCAAUACACAUCGGCAACCUGGUCUGCUCGCCAUCCGAACGUUGGACUUACGGCUUCUGGUCGCUCUCGCGAUCCUCGACGUCCGCAUGUGCCGGCUGCCACACCUUUCGGCAAAUCCACACCUGAUGAGAAACAUAUCCGAGAGAAUAUUCCUCUUAGCUCCAUGCGUGACGAAGAUCCGCGUGAAGCGCUCUUAAAGUAUGCCGAGAAGGCUGAGAAGGACCCAAUCUUCACUCGGGCAUAUAAGGAGACCCAGCCCAAUGCAAUUUACGCCGAUAUAAGUGAUGAAGAGGAGGAAAAGGGCCCGGAGAAAAAGAGACCUCGACGAUGA